GCACAUCCAAAUUUGGUGGCAUUUCUGACGCACGGUGGUAUGAAUAGCAUCACAGAAACGCUAAACCGUGGGAAGCCAGUCAUCGUGGUACCCUUCUAUGGUGACCAGAUACGUAACGCUGUUCUGGCAAAACGGGCCGGUUUUGGGAUAAUGCUACCGGUUUCGGAUCUUCAAGAUGAGAAGAAACUCAGUGACGCGUUCGAGCAGAUUAUCAAUGAUAAAAGGUUUACGCAAAAAGCGGAGCAGCUGUCCAGAAUGAUAGCAAAAAGGCCGAACUCAGCCAAGGAGCAGUUAAUAAGGCACGUGGAAUUUGCCGCUGAAUUUGGCCAAAUCCCGAAUUUUGACCCAUACGGCAGGAAGAUGUCUUUCAUAUCGUACUUCAUGCUUGACAUCAUUGUUCCAUUCAUUACAGCUGCUGCGCUUGUAUUCGCUUUGCUUUGCUGCAUGUGCUAUAGAUUGUUGAAGAAGCUUAUCCUAAGAAAUAAUAGUAGAAAUGAGCCUCAAACUGCCAAAAAACAGCAGUAA